AUGGCUGCAGUUGCGUUGCUCGCUCCUGCAGCCCCGCAGUUACCUGGACUGGUGCAGCAAAAAUCAGAGAAGCUGUGGUCUGAGGCCUUGUCAAGCUUGAAGUCUGAUUUGAGGGAAUCACUUCUCUCUGUUGAGGGAGACCGACGUGCAACAUUGGAAGUCGUCCUCUUCGAAGCGAGGAAUAAGCGAGAGAUAGCCAUGCGAAAACAGUGGAAGAUUACCAAGAAGAAUGGCGACAUCAUCAUUUUGCGUGAUGUUUUCGAAAAGAUCAUUCAGUGGGUGGACAAGUUCAAGGCUAUUGGAGACACCGCUAUGAGUGCCGCUCCGAGUUAUGCGUCUAUCCCUUGGAAUGUUGUGUGUGUUCUCAUCAAGGUGACCAUCAACGAAAGCGAAGAGUUCGCCGCCAUGAUUGAUGGUCUCCAAGAAGUCACCAACGUGAUUGCUCGAUACGCAAUCUUUGAAAGCAUAUACCUGCAACAACACACGUCUGCUACGGAACACCUCGAGGCUUCAUUGGUAGCGCUUUAUGCUGCAGUCUUAUCAUUCUUGGGAGAAGCCGACGCACAUUUUGGUCGCAAUACCACUCGAAGAUUCCUUCGAUCAACGCUUCGGCCAGCAUCCGAGAUUGAGAAAUCUUUAGAGCUGAUACGAUCUAGACAGACCGAGGUCGACCGUACAGCAAACAUUGCCGGUAUGGAAAUUCUCCAGAACACGUCAACGGCGAUGCAUGAACUGGUGACAAUGGUUGGAAACCUGACUCUCCAGCUAAACAUUACCAAUUAUCGACUGGAGCAGAUGCAUACGAGCAGAGUCUCGAGACCAAAGUCGCCGACUGAGUCUCUGAAAAGCGUGGUUACUUCUAUCAUGGGUCCAACCCAGAGAUUGUCGCAAAGAGGCCCAAUGCCCCGCGAUGAUCUUUCUCCAGAGGCACGUCGGAUCAUCUUCGAUUGGUUAUCACCAGUCAAAUAUCAAACCCAUCAUUUGGUGGAGACGAAGGAUCGUCUACCAAACUCGGGAGCAUGGAUGUUUCGCAGCUCACAGUUCCGGAACUGGAGAGACUCGAGUAUAUCCGAGACUUUAUGGCUGCAUGGCAUGCCCGGAUGUGGAAAGACAAAAUUGGCCUCUGCUGUCAUUGAUUUGGAUCUAGGAGUUGGUAACGCCCAUACUUCCAACGCUGCUCCCCUGGCCUACUUCUACUGUUCUCGAAAUAGUGCAGAGCCCGAGAGGUGGGACCCUUCCGAAGUCCUUCGCUGCAUCGCCAGGCAGCUAUGCCGAGAUGAUCCUGAUUUCUUCGUCUAUGAGCCGUUGAAGCAUCUUUACGAGAAAGCCGAUAAGCCUAGACAUGGAGAAAGGCGAAUAGACAAUGACGCCUGUGUCGAAUUGGUAUUACAAUUGUUGCGCGAGAAUCCUGCGACCAUUGUCAUUGAUGCCCUAGACGAGCUAGACCCAGAUAGACGACACAGUCUACUAGAGAGUCUAGAUCAAAUCGUCAAGCGCUCGGCAAAUGUCAUCAAGGUCUUUAUGACCAGCAGAGACGAUCUUGAUAUAAGCAUCCGCCUCCGCUCGACCCCAAAUUUGUAUAUCAGUGCCUCUUCAAACCAAAUCGAUGUUGCUUCUUUCAUUGACGUGAAGAUACAUGAAGCAGUCGAUCAAAAGAAGCUCCUGGGUGGAAACGUUCCGCCCGGACUAAUUUUGAAAAUGAAAGAAACCCUCAAUGACGGUGCAGGGGGAAGGUCAGUAUAA